AAUGGUGAACCAGGGAAGACGACAAUGCUGUCACCUCAGGAGCAUUUGAAGGGCAUUCAUCAUCAGUUUAUAGCAUCCCAACAAAGGAAAUGGGGUCGAGGAUGGACAACGUCAAAGAUAUCACAGGAUGCACCAAAAACACCUACAAACAUGCAAAGUGGAAUUAGGAGAAUGGCAAAGAGAAGGCGUCCAAAGCACAAGCCCUUGAAGAAGUCCCCACCAAUCCUCAACAGUCUCAUCAAGAAACGUUCGCCAAUCAUCCACCUGCCUCCCGCCCUCCACACACCUUCCCGACCCCAGAAGCGCAUCAAGCUUGCCUCUACCGAGCCCCACCAGGACCAAGUGGUACCCCUGUCGUCCAUCCUGCAUCCCAACUCAACGAUUCCCUACCCAUCAAGCAGGGGGGCGGGAUCGAGGCGUGGCAGGGUGGGGACACAGAUGGUUCCUGAUAGUCACCGUGGCCAACAGGAGGAUAUUCAACAGGAGAAUAUGUAUACUGAUGAGAAUGACGCCCCGGCCAGUCCGGUGAUCGAUGUCUGUAAAACACCCUGCAAAAGUAGAUUGAUGAAGGGAUCAUCGGUCAUAUCAACACCAAUGAAAACAUACCAGAUCAUCGGUACUUCUAUUACACCCGUCAAGAUUGCUUACAAUGUAGACUCCCAAGAGGAUAGCGAAGAGGUUCCUGGACCUGAAGACCGAGCCACUAGUCCAGACCUAGUUUGCGAUGAGGAACCAACCUCUUGGCCUGAAGAUGAUAGCUCUAGCUCCAGUGGAUCCAUACCUGAGUUGCACAUCAGCCAGCCCUGGUUCUCCACGCCAGUCCACCCUCCUGUUCUCCCCAAAUGCAACCUUCCUCUUGACCUCUCGGUCAAUCAAAAGCAGCAUCUGCCAUCAGGUCCUCCUGUCCUAGAGCCAAUGUGGGAUCAGACCAAAGCCCUGGGCAGGAAGGAGUCCUCCAGAGAAAACAAGGAAAGUGGACAUGGAGCAGCCGUGAAGACAACGCCUCGAAAGAAAUACCAAAAGAGAGCCACGGCAGCCAGAGUACGUGCCUGGGAUGCUUCUUCUGGACGUGUACUCAGUCCAGUCCAGCCGUACAGCGGAGUCUUCAAGGCUCUUCAGCAACGGAAGGCAGAGCUUGCUAGCGUGUCCAAAUCCCCUGACGUUGUUGCCAUAAGCCCCAGCGAAUACCAUGGACACCCUCAGCAGCCUGGCUCAGGAUUCGACCCACCAGAAUGUUUCAUGAGUUCAUCCCUCAGGUAUCAGCUGGUGGAACGACUGAAUUCCGAUAUCGUCUAUGUCACUGACUUCACCCAAGAAUCGGAUGAAGAGGUCAUUGAUCUGUUGGGGCUGGACAGUACAGAUCAUGAUACACGCCGAUCAGACAGUGUGGUACCAACACCAAGCCUAGAUCGCAACCCGUUGGAAGACUCGAGUCCAACCUGCCUCAGAGAUGUGAGCAUCCCUCCCCCUACAGGCACCAUCUCACCCCCAUCACUUGCCCGACAUAGCAGCAUGGGGUAUGAUGAAUCCCCAGAACUCUUCAAGGGAUUCAGGUCGCUCUGGCUGAAAGAUACAAAGACAGAGAGCUGCAUUGUUGUGGACCCUGGAUACGAGAUCGAGACGUACCAACCCAAUGAGGAUAGUUUCUCAGGCUACACUCAGCAGAUGAGACGCGACCUGGAAAAUACCGAACUGAUGGAGCAAGAGGAAGAUCUCUUUGAAGCUGACCUGGGCGACAUGCGGCACCUGGACCCCGCCCUCCAGCUCCCGUCAUCGUCCCUUGACAGCCAGGACUACAUCGUCCUCCUUCGCAAGGAUGAGAUUGACGAACUGGACAGUAUCAGUGUGGUCAGUGAUACCGAGGAUAACCGGGCAAGUCCUCGCUUCAAGAAGAAGUCAGUGGAACCUGCAGAGGUAGCGGCCGAUGGGUUGAUCACACCAGCCUUGGCAUCUUUUGCGACCUCGGCACUCAGCAUGAAACACCUGAGGCCUACAAACCUGAGGCCGCAGAGGAAGAGGAGGAAAAACAUACGACUCAAUCUGCCAAAAGCUCUAAAGAAUUCUGGUGAAGAUGAGGAUGACCUUAACAUUUGGAAGUUCACGCAGGCCGCACUGAAUGAGAAAGACGUCUUUGGAUUUCUACCUAAUGACACCUCUUAUGCCUUUAUUACAAACAAGUACUAGAAAUACUGGUCGAUACAAUUUCUUUGGAAAUGUUCCUUGAAGAGUCUAAAACCCAGCUCACACUGAAUGAGCCCUUGCAAUCUGAUUUCAAAGGAUACUGUAAUUUAGCACUUGAUAUGAGCUUUUCAAAAUCUUGAUGAACAAAGAUCCAAAAAUUGGUAUAAGAACUGGAGGAAAAAAGCAAAUUAAAUUCCAAAUUCUAAUCACGUCAUCAUGGGCUGCGACUUGUAGCCGAUUUGGAUUUUACUCUGACCCAACGGCACUGGGGGAUGUUUCACAAAGAUUUAAGUAUGACAUAGAAUCGCACUUUAAAUACCGAGUUGCGAACGGUAUGAAAGGCUUGACCGCAUCGGUCAGAUCGUGUCAUGAGGACACGCAUUACUGCGUAUCUAUCGAUAAGAUUGCGCGUUGCAUAUCAUGUACAUGUACGCAUCAGCAUUUAAGUGUGACUUAAGUCAUACUUAAAUAUUUGUGAAACAUCACCCAGAUGUCAUUGUACUAACUAUUAUGUUGACUUCAGAUAAAACAAUUUCACUGAUUGGAACUUCCGUAUAGAAUGCAACAACAUGCGUUGCAAAAUUAUGUUGAAGUCAGAUCUUGUAGUUGUGCCAGGCUUGAAAUGAUUAUCUUUCAAAUUAAUCAUGAUUUUCAGGGAAGAAUAUUGCUAAUAUGAUGGGGCACGGGACUUUUCAAUGCUGGUUUUAUGAGCUGAGAUAAUCCAUUGGUUGGAGAUCAAGAAGGCUUAUUCACAUUCAUUCUUGAUGAUUGCAGUGGCGGAUCCAGGGGUGGGCACAGGGGGUGCAGGCCCCCCCUAAUAUGCGAGCGGUGCCAAAGGUGCUGCUCAAAAAAAAGAAAAGAAAGAAAAGGCGCCGCUUAAAAAAAGUAUACACUGAUAUAAUAUUAGCAACAGUAAAGGAAAGACUAUCCCCCAGCAAAGACUUUACCCCUUUUUCAACAUUUUCUUUUAUGGCGCCGGUGAAGUGCAAAAAUAUGUGCGCCGCUCGGCAGUACGCCCCCCCCCCCCC